AUGGUGCGUGUGAACAAGAUCAAGCUGAACCAGGUGGUCAGCAAGGCCAAGAGCGUGCGUAAGGCCGCCAAGAACAAGCCGCAGAAGCUCCGCAAGUCUCUGACUCCGGGCACCAUCGCCAUUGCCCUCACGGGGCAGUUCCGCGGCUCCCGCGUCGUCGUGCUGAAGCAGCUCGAGAAGAGCGGUACUUGUUGUUUGGUUUUUGUAGACACUGAAAUGGCAGAGGCAGCAGACACGCAUGAGCGAUGUGGUAUUGGUGCAUGACAUAGUGCCGUUUUUGUUUCUAAAUCUAAAUUUUCUAAAUCCAAAAUCUCAGGUUUGUUGUUGGUCACCGGACCUUUCAAGGUCAACGGAAUUCCGCUCCGUCGCAUGAACGCUCGGUAUGUGAUCGCCACCUCUACCAAGGUCGAUGUCUCCGGCAUUGACACCAAGAAGUUCGAUGACGCUUACUUCAAGCGUGACGACAAGUCCGGCAAGAAGGGUAAGAUUUUUUUGAUUGAUUUUGGUUCCGCUUUUCUUGGAAUUUUGAAAAUUGAUCGAGCGUCGGUAAUGCUGCAUAUCAUAAGUGCAGCUGAAAACUAAACGCAAUUUUCUCGCUUUUUCACAUCACAGGUGCCGCCGCGUUCCUGGACAAGGGCAAGAAGUCCGAGUUGUCCGCCGCCAAGAAGGCCGACCAGGCUGCUGUCGACGCGAAGAUCGUCGCCAAGUUGGACGCCACCAUGAAGAAGUACAUGAAGUCCAAGUUCGCUCUCUCCAGCGGACAGAUGGCACACGAGCUCAAGUUCUAAAUGUGGUCAUUUAGAGGUGGUCACGACAUUGUGUUGCGCAGAAGAAAGAGUGCGGAACUUUUAUACUGAGCGCAUCUUUUGAUUGUUGGACAUUGAGGAUAAUGAUGAACUGAGCCCUAGCCAAUACCGAAAAAUUUUUUCUCGCUUCUUGCGCUCCUCUUCCGUGUCUGUCUCUGCACCGCACGGCAUGAUGCUGUUCUCUGUUUCGUGAAUCUUUGAAGUGCAAUUGAGAAAUCCUUUCUUGAGGCGG